AUGCAACGACUGAGUAUGGACCAACUGCAAAAUAUGACUGGUCUUGAAUAUAUCUUAUUACACGUGCAAGAUCCCAUUUUAUAUGUUAUUAGAAAACAACAGAGGCAUAGCCCAAAUCAUGUGAUUCCUCUUGCUGAUUACUACAUUAUAGCUGGAAUUGUCUAUCAAGCUCCUGAUUUAGCUAGUGUUUUAAAUUCUAGACUGCUAUCAGCCGUGCAUCAUUUGCAGUGUUCAUUUGAAGAAACUAUGAUGUAUUCAAAAUAUCAUCCUAGUAAAGGAUACUGGUGGGAUUUCAAAGCAAGUAAAACUGGUUCUAGUCCAUACAAUUCUGGGCAAUCAGCUCCUAAAGAUGUAAGUAGUACACCAAAAGAAGAACCUUCUACACUUUUCCAGCGGCAAAGGGUGGACAUGUUGCUUGCUGAAUUAGUGAGACAAUUUCCACUUCCAGUAACACCAGCUAUUUCCAAUCAGACAAAUGGUGUAACAGUGAAGACAGAAAAUACAAAUGAGAAAGACAAAGCAUUAGAUAACAAUGUAAAUAAUAUAACAAUCAAACAGGAACCAGUAGACCCUAUCAACACAGAUAUGACUAAUGGCUCAAUGCAGGGGCAUAUUGAUAUUAAAACUGAAAUCAAACAAGAAAACAUGAAACCACCACCAGAGAAGAAACCUAGGAAUUUA